CUCCUGGAUAAAUCAGGCAAGAGCAUCAGUGAGCCCACCAAGCCAUGCAUCCCCUUCCAACCAAUUCUUCAACAUCCCUUCCAUUGGCUCCCUGGCCUGUUGUUUGAAAGGCAAGCCCCUAACCAGCGGCAGUUCUGAUUGGCCCCCAACUGAUGCCAAUCACAGCCCAUCUGUCAGAAGCCCCAUAUGGUUUGCAGAAGGCGAGGGAAGAGAGUGUGUGUCUGUUUGUGUGUGUGUUAAAGGGGGGUGAAAGGGGAACAAGAGGAGGGAGGCUGAGAAGAGAUAGAAAAAAAAAUCAGAAGAGGCAGAGAGAGAAGAAGAGAGAGAAGGAGAGAGUGUGAGAGAGAGAAGCAAGAGGGGGUGUUGCUAGAGAUUCCCAUUCCCCAUAUACGGCUGGAUGCUUCACUCUUCUCCAUCCCUUGCUUCCCAUCGCUGAGAGAGAGAGAGUGAAGGGGGGAUACAGCAAGGAGGGAGGGAGGGGGGAAGGGGUUAAGGAGGAGAGAAGAACACUGAGCAAAGAAGAGGAAGAAUCAAGCAAGGAGCAGAAGAAGGACAGUCACAGACCGAGAAGGAAAAUAAUCAAAAUGAAGGCACCACUUCAGAGGGUGAACCUGGCCAGCCUGGGCAUCGUGAUACUGGCACAAGUCCUCUUUGUACAGUGCACAGAGUUCGUCCCUCCAGCUGAUAAUUACACCGUGAGUCAAGGGGAUAACGCCACUCUUAGUUGUUUAAUUGAUGACAAAGUGACCCGAGUGGCCUGGUUGAAUCGAUCCAACAUCCUUUAUGCUGGAAAAGACAAGUGGUCCAUAGACACGCGCGUGCAGCUGCUGACCAACACCAAGACCGAGUAUAGCAUUGUUAUCACCCAUGUAGAUGUUGCUGAUGAAGGUUUAUAUACGUGCUCCUUCCAGACUGAGGAUAAACCUCACACCUCCCAAGUGUAUCUUAUUGUACAAGUUCCGGCAAAAAUAGUCAACAUCUCGUCUAGUGUCACUGUUAAUGAAGGUAGCAACGUGAAUCUCCAGUGCUUGGCCGUGGGGAAACCUGAACCUACUAUAACUUGGCAGCAGCUAGCAGAGGGCUUCUCGAGCGAAGGUGAGCUCUUGGAGAUCACGGAGAUAAACCGGCAGCAGGCGGGAGACUAUGAGUGCAUCACCUCCAAUGGAGUGUCCAUCCCUGACACCAAGAAGGUGCAGAUCACUGUCAACUAUCCACCCUACAUCACAAAAGUGAAUGACGCACAGUCGCCGGUGGGCAAAUCCGCGAGGCUACGAUGUGAAGCACUGGCCGUGCCUCCCGCCGACUUUGAAUGGUUUAAGGACGACAAACGCAGACUGAUCUCCGGGACGGACGGAUUGAGCAUUCAAAGUGAAAGUAUUUGGUCAGUGAUCCUGUUUUCAAAUGUCACCUCAAGGCAUUAUGGGAAUUACACUUGCUUGGCAUCCAAUAAACUUGGCUCAUUUAACAGCAGCUUGCGACUGCUCAAACCUGGUGAUCCUCUCAAUCAAGGUGUGACCCAUACGGUAUCGCCACUAUUGCUUGGCUUACUUUCUUCCACGUUAAUCCCCCUCCUACGUACAGUCUAAAAACAAUUCCAGAGAGGGUUCCCAUGAUGAGCAGAAGGAAACAAAAAAAAAAUCAAAAGAUUACACAAAAAAAUACUAUAAAAAUACAAAAAAAAUGUGUUUUUAGAAAAAGUCUUGACACUGUGAGGGAACAAUUUAUGCAUUUCUAAACCUCAUCAUCGACUUGCUGCACCUUCUUACCAGACACGGACCGGGAUUUACUCAAAAGGGAGGAAGACAUUUGGAGGCUGAAGGGAAUACAAAGAAAUCAAGAAGACAACAUAAGACCAGAGGUUAACGAGUCUGGAAAGGGAGGUUGAACCUCAUGAGCAAAUAUAUGACAGAAGGCUUUUAUUAAUAUUUAAAUCAUAUUCAGUGGUGAUACAGAUUGUACCUGUCUUCAUCACUGAAUGCAGUUCCCUCUGCACCUUAUACCACUCAUAAAGGGAUCUUGGAGAACCCGAGAAACAAAAUGUCAAUGUUUUGAGAUGUCCUCACUCAACUUUCUCCCCUCCACAUCAAUGUUGCUGUACAAAUUUUCCUCCAACACCCUACCCUUUAAAAAAGUCAAUGUCAAUAAUUCCAUUCUAGUAGAUGCUGAUUCCUUACUAUGAAUGCCAGCUGUCCCUAGACUUCCAAUGAAGACCUCGGUCAAUGUUCUCCAACGUUCUCCAGCAUGUAUUUAGCAUGAAGGGGGCAUUGACAGAAGAUAAGCAGGGUGCAGAGAGACAUGAUCUGUUGACUUUAUUUUGGAUUAUACCUUCCUUAUCCCUUUCACCUGGCACACCCACCCUAAAUUUGACUUAUCCCUUUGAUCGUAAAUCGUAAAAUUUAGGUUGUUCCAUUUCUGUACGUACACGUUGGUUUUCUCCAAAGCACAUACACUGCACUUCUGGAUGUUGGCAGAACUAUCUGGAAGGGACUUACAACAGUGGCAUGGAACAAGCAUUUGGAGAUUUACAGCUGUUAUAGGUGAUGGGUACUGAAACUGUUCUGAGGAAUCUAUAUCCACCAUAUCAAAGACAACAGAUAAUGGAAGCAGAUAUACUAUGGCAUCUUUAGAAAUACAUUUGGAUUCUAAAGGGAUAGUCACAAUCCCUGAAACUUUUACAAAAUUACAUAUGCCUGUCAUUCAUCACCAGUGUCUGUGACAUUUUUGUGGGUAUUAUACAAACCCCUGUUCCCCUUUCGUAGCCAAGAAAGAAGGGAAGCACGGGGCCUUGAGUAUCGUC